AUGGAGAAGAGAAAAUGGGUAGUGGACGGCGGACAUGCCGACGGGAAGAGAGGCAAAGUAGUGGAAGAUGAAGGCGGCGAGAAGCUGGUGCCGGAGGAUGAUGAGGUGGAGGAGUUCUUUGCUAUUCUCCGGCGAAUAAAGGAGGCGAUCAAGUAUUUCGAAAAGCGUAACGGCGAGAUUGACCGUGGAUUGAAACCAGCUGCUUGGAUUCCGUCUUUUAAACGGGAAGAUUUUGAAGAGCUUAACGGCAUCAAGAAAGGAAAACGAAGCGUGGAGGAAAAUCAUAAUCAAAAUGUAGAUUUAGAUCUUAACUCUGAUCCAGCUGCUGAACAAAAUGUUUCUGAUUCCUCUUCAUCUGGUUAA